UUGAGACCGUCGGUGAACGCGGCAACACGCCUACAUAGAAAAAUAAACCAUUCAUUGAUACUUUACAACAAGAUGUUAAAUUGAUUAUACAGCCCGUGUUUCCUCUUCGGUAGUCGGACGCCUCCUCGGUGUUUUUGACCAAAGGACGAAGAAUUAGUUUCUGCGGAGAUCCGGGAGCUGGUCGCCAAACUACAGUAUGCAGCUUAUUGGGAAUAUAUGACAAUUUCUGAUUUUCAUCUCCUCUGCAAGCACCUUCAGCCAUUGGUUCCUACAGAAAUGGUACCUAAAGCCAUUUUUCUGUCUUUGGAUCCUCUCCAAACCACCUGAAUUUCCACACUUGAACAGAACUGUGUGGUUUUGGCACAUUAAUAUGCAUGCUCGAGGCGCAACAUGUCUUUGUACAUGAAUGCUGGGCGAUCAUAAGUGAUUUGGGGAACAGCAAGGGGAACCCCCCACCAUCGGAAGACUUCUAACAAUGACCGGACCAAGCGCCACCAGCAGCGGCUCCGCGGCCAAGAUCAGUAGACACGGACGGUCCAAAAGCACCAGUACAUACUGUCACACUACGAGUCCUGCUGCUGAAUCCUCCCCGUCCACUGCCGCAAAUAACACCGGCAGGUCGUCCGGUGAGGAAGAGGAGAAAGACGGCGGGGUCCCGUUUUUCGUCAACAGGACGGGCUUUCCCAUAGAGAGUGUCACCUGGGAGAGAAUGUGGUCUCACGUCGCCAAAGUUCACCCUGAUGGACAGGAGAUGGUGGACAGAAUACGAAAUGCAACACACCUCCCUAAACACCCUGUGCCAUCGGUUCCAAACUUUAAGCCAUCGAUGUCUGUGCCUGAUUGGCUCCAUGCCGUCCAGAACUACAUGAGAAACCUGCAAUACAACCAUACGGGAACGCAGUUCUUUGAGAUUAAGAAAACCCGACCUCUGAGUGGGUUGAUGGAGACUGCGAGAGAGAUGAUACGAGAAUCACUUCCUAUCAAAUGCCUUGAAGCAGUUAUCCUUGGGAUCUAUUUAACCAAUGGUUUAACCUCAGUGGAACGGUUCCCAAUCAGCUUUAAAACCCAAUUCUCUGGGCACCACUUCCAUCAUGUGGUAUUGGGCGUUUACUGUAACGGCCGCUAUGGCACCCUGGGCAUGAGUCGACGUACUGACCUUAUGGACAGACCUCUGAGCUUUCGUACACUCAGUGAGUUGGUGUUUGACUUCGAGGACUCAUAUCGCCGCUACCAGCACACCAUGAAGAAGAUAAAGAUUGGUCUAUACGUGCCGCACAAUCCACACGUUUUCCAGCCUAUUGAGUGGAACUAUCUGGUGAUAAAUGCCAGUAAGCAGGGCCGUGAAGACAUGCGUAAAGAGCUGGAGAAGCAUGGCCGUGACAUGAGGAUGAAGAUUCUCAAGUCGUCCAGUGCUCAGUCUCCAAUCAAAGAACGAACUCGAGGCAAGUCUUUAUCACCACGCCGCCGACCAGGCACCAGUCCCCAAAGACGCCAACAUGCCCACAGAAGAGACAAAUCGCCAGCAGCACUGGACAGAAAGCCGGCGGAGCUCAGCACUCUCAGUGACGGCUACCAGAUUCGCAUCUGAGACACUACAGCGCUUACGUACUGUAACAGCUUUAUUCUCCACACAUCCUCCCUCAGUCAGAUCCACACAUUAUUUAAUGCAAAUUGUAAACUGUACAGUAUAUUUAACCUAUUUUUAGUUCUGCUUCUGUGUAAUAGGGAAAUUGGCUGCCCUCCUCAAAUUUAAAAGUAAUUCAAAAACGUUUUAAACAACAAAUGACAUCCGUUUUAAGCCAUAAAAUAUUGAAAUAGUUAAAAAAUUUAAGUAGAAUUGAACCAAAUUUCUUGCUAAAGAAUAUGUUUGUACCCUAAUAAUGCUCAAGUGUUUUAGAAAGCCUAAAAGUGGGACUGGCUAAAAUAUUCAAUCAAAUGUGAGUGGGAAAACUCACUUAAAAUCUUUGGACAGAUCGUCACUAGCUGUGAGAGCUGGAGUGUGAAUGGAUUGUGUUUGGCAGAAAGAUGUGAACCUCGGUGCCUCACUAUUGGUAGUUUUGGAGACUGACUGUCAAGAAGAUUUUUUGCCAGAGGCGUAAGGACACGAGGGACCAGAGCAUCAGAGAGCCCGCCAUUCUGCCCACAAGAACUGUGUUCAAUCCACUUUACUUCCUUUUUUGUUGAUGUUACCUCCAUACACUCCUGUAAUAUGGAUGGAAUGGACAUGUUUUAUUGAAUUUUUUUUUUUUUUGAAGGUUUGAGGCUCACGUACAUUGAUAGGUUUUGUAUGUUUUUUUUUCUCAUAUGAUAUCAUGGUUGUAGUUAUAGAUGAUUUGUUUUUUUAUUUAAAUGUUUUUAUUAUUUAUACAUUUUUCUUUAUUGUUUUUUUAUUUUUUAUUUUAAACUAGUACAGUAUUUUGCGGUUCUGUGUAUUUUCAUUUCACUUUCUUUUGAUGAAGAAACUCUCAGAGGUGUGAAGGUUGAAGUGCCGUCCAUUGCAAAUAAUCCUAAAAGUUUCACAUAUUCAUUUGGAAAAUAUUACUAAUUACUUUUUUUUUUUAAUGCGGCAGUCAUGAACCACAUUGUUCUGGUUUAUGACUAUAAAUCAGUGGGUUUUUACAGAGCCCCUAAAGCAGGGGUGCCCAGACCCGGCCCUGGAGGGCUGGUGUCCUGUAGAUUUUAGCUCUAACUUUCCUCAAGACACUUGCACAGAUAUUUAUACAAAGCCUAGUAAAAGCUUGAUUUGCUAGCCCAGGUGUGUCUGAUUGGGUUGGGACUAAACUUUGCAGGACACCGGCACUCCAGGACCCAGUUUGGGUACCCUUUCCUAAAGGGACAUGGUGAUAGAAAAAAAUUAUACUUCAAUGUUUUUUAGUUAGCUUGCAAAACUCUGAGUAAAUGCAAAAUUGGAGAAGGAAAUAGUGACAAUUUUUAAAUGUGGAACGCAGUACUUUUGUGACACAGUGUACAAGUUUUGCAAGAAAAUGCAAAGAUAUUAAAGUAUCACCAGGGUGUGAAUUAAAGGGGGUUUAGGGGGGUAGCCCUUUAAUAGUAAGAAAUAGCUUUCUCUGAUCUCUGAUUUAUAUCUCAAAUAUUAAUAAUUAAAAAUGUAUAAUAUAAAUAUACAUUUGACCCCCCAUAAUGAUUCAUACCAUUGAAAAUGCAUAAUUGUGCCAAUCAAUGCAAAAAAUAAGAUUCAACAGUCUGAAACAGGCAGUUCGUGAUCACCGAUAGACAUCUUAAGUAUUCACAAAACAUGCUUCCUGUAAAAUAGGUGUUUUUAUCUGGAUGUAGCCUAAAAAAUUGAAAAAUUAGACAUAAUUUGUACAGUUUGACUGACCGUUACCUCUAAAAUAGUCACUAAAUAUCCCUCAAAACACUAAAAACGUAAACAUUUUAUUAAUAAAUGAGAUGUAAUUUAAAAACAUUCAUAAAUUUUAUUCACUGAAGCAUGCAUUACCAUACUACUACAGAAGAUGUUGACCCCCUGAUCGUCAAUGCAUAAUUCGCACCCUGAGUAUCAUGUUAUAUCAAAUAGUGUAGUUCAGUGCUUCUUUUUUCACUUAUCGCCAAGUUUUUGGGGGAAUAAAAACACUAAGACUGAACUCAAAAGUUUUACGUGGGAAUGCAGUGUUUCUCAGGGGAAUGAAAAACAUUGAAAUUUAAUUUUUAGAUUUUAAAGUGGGAGGAAAAGCUAUAUUUAAAACGUAUUGUAGUGAAGGAAAGCUUCAUGAGGAAACAAAAGGAAAGACACACUGAAAUGAGAGGGCGAAAUUGUAAAUGCAAAGGAUCUUGGAGGAAUUACCACAAUGUGAAACGUUUAGAAAGCUUAGUAAAAGCUUGAUUUGCUAGCCUAGGUGUGUCUGAUUGGGGUUGGGGCUAAACUUUGCAGUACACCGGCCCUGCAGGACCCAGUUUGGGCACCCCUGCCCUAAAGGAACAUGGUGAUAGAAAAAAUUAUACUUCAGUGUUUUUGUGUUAACUUGCAAAAUUCUGAGUGAAUGCAAAAUUGGAUUUGUGUAUAUGCACAAAAUUGUUUUGUGUAUUUGCUAGGAAAUGUGGAACGCUUUACUUUUGUGUCCAAGUUUUGCAAGGAAAUGCGAAGAUAUUAAAGAAUCAUCAGGGUGCGAAUUACAAGGAGGUUUGGAGGAAUUGAUCCCCCUAAUUAACGUUUCAUCCCCCUGAAGAACAUCAAAACAAGAUGUAUGCAAAGGAAGGAAUUACCACAAUGUGAAACUUUUGAAAGUUUCUUGGAAAGCGGUAAAGCAUUGAAAUAUAAUUUUUCCUCGUUUAAUUUUUUUUCUAUCUUCAUGUCCUCUUAAUCUCAAAGUAAAUUUCUAUUUUAUGCAUAUGUGAGGGUUUGCCUACAGUGUGCUUGAUGUGAAUUUUGUCAUUAGAGCAGUAUGCAUAUACUUCACACACAACCGUUUGAUUUUUACAAUUGCGUGUACCAAUGUGAUGGGAAAUUCAAUGGCGCAUUCACUGAGCACCUAUACUCGCAAACACCAUUAAAUGAAAUAUAUUUUCAAAGGUGCAUUUGACCAUACACCUAUGCUACUACAUGCAUAGACUAAUAGGAUAUCAUCUCUUAAUCAACAGCAUAUCACCUCAAACUUUCCCACCUCAUGAGAUUAAGCUAUGCACGUGGAGCAGAUCUGCGUUAUGAUCUGUUUUGCUCGACAACAGACCUAUUUUUAAAAUUGUAGCAGCGACAUUGUUACCAAGUCUUUGUGGGUUCCUCUCUGAGCGUUGUUUAUUGAGUGCUGUUGACUAAACUACCACAUUAUAGCUCAUUCUGCCUUGUAAUUGGUACCAGCUUUCUUAUCAGAAGCUAUCGAACCACACAAGUGCCAGACCACUGAGUUCGUCAAACUCAUCCUUAAGGGUGAGGGUUUCAUCUCAGUCACAUGAAGACAAAAAGGUCAUGAGUUUCAGUGACAUAUCUAAUGUUAAAUUGUUCAGACCCUUUAUGGGAGAGAAGAGGUCUGCUGCUUUUUUUGGUAUGUGAAGAACAUCACAUUGUUACAGAUUUUUUAAUCAUUUAAAACUUGCUGUUUGGGAACUUAUUGUGUGAAAUUGAGUGGAAAAAGUAAAAUAAAAGCAUUCAAGUUUCUGGUUUUAAAGAAAUGCAGUGAUCUCCCCUCAAAGGUGCUAAGAUGAGACAUUUUACCCAUAUUGUCAAACUCAAUAUUUUAGCUUUUUUUAUGAUUAAAGAGCACAUUAAUCUGGCUUCUGUAGCACAGUGAUGGAACUGCAACAAGUUUAAUAUUACACAUCACCAAUAUAUAUUCAUAGGUGAUGUAAGUAUUCAGAUUAUAGAUGCUUUUGUGGAAUGUUUGUUUCCAUGUCUGAAAAUACAAUCAGUUUGAAUGACAAAUAGUUGAAUCCAAUUUUAUGGGAAAUGUUUUUCUCAGUAAGAAUGUUAAAAAUGUGACUUUAUUAUGAAGAUCUCACUACUUCAAACCUAUCCUGAGUUUCCUGUGUAUUUAAAUGUACCACAAAAAUAAGUACUUUAUAAAAUCUAAGCGACCCUCAACUGUUUUCACACAUUUUCCUAAGCCUUACCACAGCUUGCAACAUAAAUCCUCUUUUCUGUCUGAAAUUUGUGUUUCUGGGUCACUUCCAUUUCCUCAUGAGCAAACAUUAAUGUAAUUUGUUCAUCCUCAGUAGCAUGUUUUAAUAAAACGGCUUUUUUUCUGUGA